UUAUAAUUAAACACUCAUACAAAUCACUCUUAACAACUAGCUACAAAUAUACUAUACGUAUCUUAUCUCCAACCAUAUACAAAAAAUUAUGACAAAACUUAUGGAUCAAAAUCAACCUCAUUUCCUCUUAGUCACCUUUCCAGCCCAAGGUCACAUUAACCCUUCACUUCAGUUUGCAAAACGGCUCGUCCGGUUAGGCGUCAAAGUUACCUUCGCCACUUCUGUCUCUGCCUACCGUAAAAUGAGCAAAAAUGGCAAAAUUCCAAACGGUUUUAACUUUGCCGUGUUUUCGGAUGGUUUUGAUGAUGGUUUUAAUCCGAAGCUCCACGACACGACCCUCUAUAUGAGUCAGUUAAGGAUCAAGGGAACACAAAGUUUGAAAGAAACAAUUGUUUCUAGUGCUGAAAAUGGCACGCCCGUUAGUUGCUUGGUUUACACUUUGCUGCUUCCAUGGGCUGCAGAGGUGGCCCAUGGGCUUAACGUUACAUCAGCACUUCUUUGGAUCCAACCAGCGUCUGUAUUACGUAUAUAUUACUAUUAUUUUAGUGGGUACAAUGAACUGAUAAGGGAAAAAUGUAUGGAACCCACAUGGUCUAUUGAAUUGCCAGGCUUACCAUCGCUCAAAAGUCGCGACCUCCCUUCCUUUUGUCUGCCUUCGAAUCCAUACGAUUAUGCAUUGUCUUUAUUUAAAGAACAAUUGGAUUUGUUGGAUUUGGAAGAUAAGCCAAAAGUACUUGUAAAUAGCUUUGAUGCUUUGGAAGAAGAUGCGUUGAAAGAGAUCGAUGGCAAGCUAAAGUUGAUAGGUGUGGGACCGUUGAUUCCUUCGGCUUUCUUGGAUGGAAAAGACCCAUCUGACAAAUCUUUUGGAGGAGACAUGUUUUCAAAAUCAAAAGACUAUGUGGAAUGGAUGAACACAAAGCCUGAAGGGUCUAUCGUCUAUGUAUCUUUUGGUAGCCUCAUAAUGUUGUCAAAGAAGCAAAAGGAGGCAAUGGCAUACGGAUUGUUAGAAAGCAGGCGGCCAUUUUUGUGGGUGAUUAGAGACAAAGAUAGCAACAUCAAAGGCGAAAAAGUGGAAGAUGAAGAAGAAGAAGAAGAAGAAGAAGAAGAAGAGGAAGAAUUAAGUUGUAUGGAGGAAUUGGAACAAUUAGGUUUGAUAGUUCCAUGGUGCAGUCAACUAGAGGUGUUAUCACACCCGUCUUUAGGCUGUUUUGUGACACAUUGUGGUUGGAACUCGACAUUGGAGAGUAUAGUGUGUGGGGUUCCUGUGGUUGCAUUUCCUCACUGGACAGAUCAGGCAACAAACGCAAAGCUUCUGGAAGACGUAUGGGGAACAGGGGUGAGGGUUACUCCAAAUGAAGAUGGAGUUGUCGAAGGCAAGGAGAUAAAAGAGUGCAUACAAAGGGUGAUGGGAGGUCAUGCAAAUGGGGAAGCAAUGAGAAAGAAUGCUAAAAGGUACAAAGAUUUAGCUAGAGAGGCCGUGAAAGAAAAUGGAUCUUCUUACACCAAUCUUAAGGAUUUUGUUGAAGAAGUCAGUGGAAGUUUGAAUGAAGUAUUCAAAUCCGAAUUUUGAGUCUUCUGUAUAACUAACUAGUUUUGUUAUACUUUUUGGUCCAUAUUUAUGAAAUACAUGUACUUUAUAUCCUGAUGGUACAAUACCAGGCACAUUUACAACUAUAAAUAAAAUAAAAAAGAUUAUCAUCAA